UUGCACUCGGAUCAUGGCGGCCUCGUUGCUCCAGGCUUCGACAUCUUCGCCCGCGUGGGGACGGACGUCGGCAGCCGUACCUGAACGAGUGAGCUUGCACAUGAUCAUGGAUGAAGCCCUGGCCCUUCGCAUCGAGCACGACGACCUGAUGGAGCUGGAAGGGCCUGGGGUAUUCGUCGACCAUGACUCCCAACCGGCGAACGAUGACUUCGCUCAUGAUGUGAGCUCUGACUAUGCGGUGGCGUUGGCGCUGCAGCUCGAGGAGCAGACUGCUGCCCACACGAUUGAGUAUGCUGUAGUCGCAACAUCUAGUGCGCCCUGCCCUGCUUUUGACAGCUCUGCGGUCGUCCUCUUGAGCCAUCACAACGGCGAGACGACGGAGGAGCGUGCCGAUGAAAUUCAAGACAAGUUGAUGCACCACACUCGACCCCGUCCCAAGAGCCAUGGCCUCAAAACGACAAGGAAGCGACGAAACAACCGAGCUGCAGCGACCGAUGCGACAGUGUCUUGGAAGGAUUUGUCCGACAGCGAUUGCGAAGACGUCGAGUGCCCUGGGCUGGCGCUCGACGCGUUGCUUUUCGUCGCUACGGACGCAUACAAUGCCAUUGCACCAGAAUUGCCCUUUUACUCGAUAACUGAGGAAUAAUGCAACCAACUCAAUGCUCGA